AUGGCUAAUGAAACCCAAGAGGUUGGUGGCAUCCAUUUCCCUUUUCCCUUCACACCGUAUCCCAUCCAGAAAGAGUUCAUGGCAGAGCUGUACCAACUGUUAGAAGCUGGCAAGAUUGGGAUAUUUGAGAGUCCAACUGGCACUGGGAAAUCUUUAAGUCUUAUUUGUGGGGCUCUCUCCUGGCUCCGAGACUUUGAAAAGAAGAAGUGCCAAGAAGAAGCCCGUCUCCUUGAAACUGGAACCAUCCCCUUAAAUGAUAGGAGGGUCCAGCCUCCAUCUGUCUCACCCUCCUGCCAAGAGACCCCAGAUGCCCCUAGGCCUGCUGGAGAGCCUGACUGGGUUACUCAGUUUGUGCAGAAGAAGGAAGAAAGGGACCUGGUGGACCGUCUCAAGGAGGAGCAGGUCAGGAGAAAGAAGCGAGAGGAGCGCCUCCAACUGCUCCGUCACAAUGCACAGCUCAAGUAUGCAACCAAGCGUGCGAGACAGGAGGAAGAAGAAAUGGAGAGUCUCCUCCGCCUCAGCAGGGAGAUGUUGGCAGCAGGAGCAGGGGCCGAGCAGCUAGAAUCUGGGGAGGAGGAGCUGGUCCUGGCUGAAUAUGAGAGUGAUGAAGAGAAAAGAGCAGCAGCUAGUGGAGUGGAUGAGGAGGAAGAUGAUGUUGAGGAAGAGCAUGUAACCAAGAUCUAUUACUGCAGUCGGACACACUCCCAGCUGGCCCAGUUUGUGCGUGAGGUACAGAAGAGCCCUUUUGGCAGGGAAACCCGACUUGUCUCCCUCGGCUCUCGGCAGAGCCUGUGUGUGAACAAAGAUGUGAAAUGCCUGGGCUCUGCGCAGCUCAUGAAUGACCGCUGCCUAGAGAUGCAGAGAAGCAAGCAUGAGAAGAAGAGCAAAGGAGAGGAAGAGAAGCCAAAGCGAAGAAGGCAGGAAGGCCAGGCUGCUUGUCCCUUCUACAACUACGAGCAGAUGCAGCUCCUCCGGGAUGAGGUCCUAGUGGAGGUGAAGGACAUCGAGCAGCUGGUGGCCCUGGGGAAGGAGGCACAGGCCUGUCCCUACUACGGGAGCCGAUUUGCCAUUCCUGCAGCCCAACUCGUGGUGCUGCCCUACCAGAUGCUGCUGCACGCGGCCACACGGCAGGCUGCGGGCAUCCGGCUGCAGGGCCAGGUGGUGAUCAUCGAUGAGGCUCACAACCUAAUUGAUACCAUCACUGGCAUCCACAGUGCCGAGGUUAGCGGCGCCCAGCUCUGCCAGGCCCAUUCCCAGCUGCUCCAGUAUAUGGAACGAUACGGGAAGCGUUUGAAGGCGAAGAACCUGAUGUACAUCAAACAGAUCCUGUACUUGUUGGAGAAGUUCGUGACUGUGCUGGGAGGGAACAUUAAGCAAAAUCCCAACACCCAGAGCCUCUUGCAGACAGGGACAGAGCUGAAGACCAUCAACGACUUUCUCUUUCAGAGCCAGAUCGACAACAUCAAUCUGUUCAAGGUGCAGCGAUACUGUGAAAAGAGCAUGGUCAGCAGGAAGCUCUUCGGCUUCACGGAACGAUACGGAGCAGUCCUUCCCUCCUCCAGGGAGCACCCUAAGCUGACUGGAUUUCAGCACUUCCUGCAGAGCCUGAAGCCCGGGGUAACCGAGGCAGCUCAAGUAGAGGAAGGAGAGGCCGGGGCUCCACGACCUGCUUCUCCACUGAUGCACAUCGAAGGCUUCCUUUCAGCUCUCACCACAGCCAACCAGGAUGGCAGGGUCAUUCUGAGCCGCCAAGGCACCCUCAGUCAGAGCAGUCUCAAAUUCUUGCUCCUGAAUCCAGCUGUGCAUUUUGCCCAGGUGGUGAAGGAAUGCCGGGCAGUGGUCAUUGCAGGGGGCACCAUGCAACCGGUGUCUGACUUCCGGGAGCAGCUGCUGGCCUGUGCUGGGGUUGGAGCCGAGCGUGUGGUGGAGUUCUCUUGUGGUCAUGUGAUCCCCCCUGACAGCAUCUUGCCCCUCGUCAUCUGCAGUGGGCCCUCCAACCAGCAGCUAGAGUUCACAUACCAGAAACGGGAGCUGCCUCAGAUGAUGGAGGAGACAGGUCGCAUUCUCUGUAAUCUAUGCAAUGUGGUGCCUGGAGGGGUAGUCUGCUUUUUCCCCUCCUAUGAAUACCUGCGCCAGGUCCACACCCACUGGGAACAGAGUGGCCUGCUGUCCCGCCUGGCCAUCAAGAAAAAGGUAUUUCAGGAACCCAGGAGAGCAAACCAGGUGGAGCAGGUGCUGAUGGAAUAUUCCAAGUGCAUUAAGUGCUGUAGCCAGGGAUCCAGCACAUUAACGGGGGCGCUGCUCCUCUCCGUGGUCGGGGGGAAGAUGAGUGAAGGGAUCAACUUCUCUGACCACCUAGGCCGGUGUGUUGUCAUGGUGGGUAUGCCUUACCCCAACAUUAAGUCUCCAGAGCUGCAAGAGAAGAUGGCCUACCUAGAUCAGACCCUUCCCAGAAGUCCCGGUCAGGUCCCUCCAGGGAAGGCCUUGGUGGAGAAUCUGUGCAUGAAGGCCGUCAACCAGUCUGUAGGCAGGGCCAUCAGGCAUCAGAAGGAUUUUGCCAGCAUUGUGCUCCUGGACCAGCGUUAUGCCCGCCCGCCUACCUUGGCAAAGCUGCCAGCCUGGAUCCGAGACCGCGUGGAGGUCAAAGUCACCUUUGGCCCUGCUUUUGCUGCUUUGCGCAAGUUUCAUCGUGAAAAGUCUAGCCUUUCCUGA